AUGCAAGGAUUAUCUGUACACUACUUGGCUUUGUCUCAGGGAAUAUCUUAUACGUUUUCAGUUGGACUUGCCGUGUUUCUUAUAUAUUGGCGUGGUUUCAACAGGAAGGCACUUUUCCUCUAUGUAUUCAUCACUGUUGGAUCUUCUGUCAUUCUUGUUACACAUAAUCAGCCCGGUCUCACUCCAGAUGCAUCUUCUUCGCUUUCACCCAUUCUCAUUCGUCACAAACGACAGGCGGAUGUGUCUACGGCAACUCCUGAUGUCAUGACCAACAAUAUCAGCAGUACGUUAGGUCUGCCAUUGUCAAACGAGACGAUGAUAACAAAACCAAAAAAACCUCAAGUUGUUGAAGGAAUCAAAGCAGUUGAGACAAAGUCGGACAAAAAUGAGCAGAUGCGCAAAGCUAUCGCUCUGAACAAAACGACAAGUCCUCCCAAUGUCACGUCUUCGCUUAGUCUGGGUAAGUUUUGAUC